GCUGGAGGGUCAGCGCUGCCCGUCAGCGCCCAGAUCGCCACCAAAUCUACUCCCAAGUAUUUUUAGAUGCAGAUCCUGGGACUGUGCAGGGGAUAACUUGUCCCUCCUGUACUGCUCAAGCCUGGGGUUCUCAGCUUGCCGUUUAAAGAAGGGAAGUCUGUUUGGAGGCUGGCUGAUCUGGAUGGGGAGUAAAUGGAAAAUGCUGCACGGGCUCUGCUCGCUCACAUUGCAAUUCCAAGGCCUGAUCGACCUACAGAAGUGCGGACUUUCACAUUCUAUCUUUCAAACAUUGGCAAGGACAGCCCCCAAGGGAGCUUUGACUGUAUCCAGCAGUAUGUAUCUAGCAAUGGCAAUAUCCAUUUGGAUUGCCUUGGAAGCAUACAGGAUAAAAUCACCGUGUGUGCUACUGAUGAUUCCUACCAGAAGGCAAGGCAAAGCAUGGCACAGGCAGAGGAGGAGACUCGCAGCCGGAGCGCUAUAGUCAUUAAACCUGGGGGGAGAUAUGUUGGCAAAAAGGUUCAGGUGCGUAAACCUGCACCAGGAGCUUCCGAUGCUGUGCCCUCCAGGAAGCGCCCAACGCCAGUCAACCUUGCCAGUGCAAUAAAGAGAGGCAAUAGUGCGAUAUCUCAGAGACCCUUCAAAGAUAGGGUUGUGCACUUACUGGCACUAAAGCCUUAUAAGAAACCUGAACUUAUUCUCAGAUUGCAGAAGGAUGGACUUUCUCAGCAGGACAAGGAUUUGCUGGACAACCUUCUGCAGCAGGUGGCAAAUUUGAGUGCCAAGGACAGCACUUUCACACUGAAAGACUGUGUAUACAAAGAAGUGCAGAAGGACUGGCCUGGCUACUCUGAAGGAGAUCAGCAGUUGUUGAAGAGGAUACUUGUUCGGAAACUCUGUCAGCCCCAGAACAGCAGCGGUUUUCAAGGAGAAGCACCUUCCCUGAGCCCACCAAAAGACACCGUGAACUCCAGCUCUCCUCCUCAGAAACGAUCCCAGCCUCUGGAGUUUAUCGAUCCCCUAGCCAACAAAAAGCCCAGGAUCUCCCAUUUGGCUCACAGAACUCAACCCACUUUCAACGGGAAACUGAAUUCCUCCAACGGGAAGGACGCGGCUGCCCCUGCCGCGCUGCCGCCGGCGCUGCCGGAGUCGGUGAGCUCCAGCUCCAGCCUCCCGGUGCUGGACCUGCCCAGGCCUCACGAUCCCCUUUCAGAUGUCAGCAACGACCUGACUCACAACGGCAGAGACUGUGAGAACCCUGAGCCGGCUGACAGACUGACUCACCCUUUGUCAACAGACUGUCCCCAGACGAGCAAACACAAUUGCAGCUCGUACGUAAAAACCAAGAAAAAAUCCAAAAAGCACAAAGACAAGGAGAAGGAGAGAAAGGAGAAGAAAAAUGAAGAGAAAUGCAAAGAGGAGAAGCAGGACUGUGAAGUAAUAAAAAAUGCUGACUUAGUUAGUGUUGCCCAGGAUCAGGUCACAGGUUUAAAUGGAACAUGCAAUAACUCUAGUGUACCAACAUCAACUUCAGAAAUGCCAGAUUAUUUAUUAAAAUACGCAGCCAUUUCCUCUUCAGAGCAGCGUCAGAGUUACAAAAACGACUUCAACGCGGAAUACAACGAGUACAGAGACUUGCACGCCCGGAUAGAGAGGAUAACGCGACGGUUCACGCAGCUAGACGCCAAGCUGAAGCAGCUUUUGCAAGGCUCUGAAGAAUACAAGACCAUCCAUGAUCAAAUUUUACAGGAAUAUCGGAAAAUUAAAAAGACUAACCCCAAUUACAGCCAAGAGAAGAACCGCUGCGAAUACCUCCACAACAAACUGGCUCACAUUAAAAAACUGAUAGCAGAGUAUGACCAACAGCAGUUUUAGCUGGCACUAAUCUGGACUGGGUAGGGUAAAACACAAACCACCACACCAGUCAGCUGGAUGUUACGUUCCCUUUUCUAUACAACUAGCUCCCUUUCAGAGACGAGCAUUAAUUCCUCGUGGUUGAAGAAUUUGGGGAUGACUUAAGGAUGCUGAAUCCGUCGUGUCCGCGUCGGAGCCGGGUGGCCAACCCCGUGCCCGGCACAGCCCUCUCCAGUUUUUAGCCUCUCUGAAUGUUGGAAUGUAACACCAAAAAAAAAAAAAACCACCAAAAAAAAACCAAAACAACAAAAAAACCCACAAAAAAAAUCAUCUGCUUAUUUGAAGCCAGCGUUUGGUGACACUUAAGGGAAAAAAAAACAGUUGCCUAAAGUGAACGAAGCUCCCAAAGGUUAAGAAUCGGUAGUUUUUCAUGGAUUAACGUUUGGCAUGAAGUGUAAUUACCCCUGGCCCAGGUCCUCUGGGUGACAAAUUGUCCUUCAGCUGGUGAGGAACUGGAAUGCUGCUAGGUUACCUCCUUCCCUGGCACCUGCGACUGUUCGUAUGCAAGCUGUCUGCUCCCAUGGCGCCGCGUUAAAUACACCAGUACCCAGA